AUGGUAAUAACUAGCCUCUUCCGAGCAGCGUCCCUGCCGGAGAAUGAACCGACAUACUUCGGUAUCAGGCUUGACAGCGAUAUAUUAUGGAUCCCUGGAGACUCAACAGUAACAGGAUAUUGCCAUGUUACAGGAAAGGUCGUGUUAUGCCUCAACCAACCCCUCCGUGUUAAGGACAUGAAGCUGCACUUUGAGGGACGGCGUUACAUGAAUUGGAAGGACUUUCCAGAGUCCCAGAGAUCUCACCAGCACAUGUCAUUUUUGGAGCGACUAUUCAUGUAUCAAACCUGGAAUUUUCUACCUUCUCUAGGGACCCCAUCACCGACGACAACUUUAGCACCCGGAAAUCACGAGUUCCCAUUUACCUUCUGCCUAUCCAACACCACACCAGAUACUAUUGAAGGCCUCGACGACUGUUAUGUUAAAUAUCAGUUGAAAGCCACUAUCGGCACAGCCGGGGGACGUCGUAUCGAAGCUGACACUCGGGUGAGGGUACGUCGGAUGUACAGAUCAUUAUUGCUACCAGAGCCGAAGGUGGUGCAAGAUAUAUGGCCACAGAAGAUAAUCUAUCGCGUUUCAUUGCCAUCUCAGGCCUAUACCUUUGGCAGUGCUAUCCCCAUCAAGUUCGAGUUUAUUCCUUUAUGCAAAGGGCUCGAGAUAGCAACCAUCCACACCGAGGUUAAAGAGACACACAAACUCUUGCAGUCUACUCUCAGCCGUCGGGCCCGUGUCAUCGCCGAGGACGACUUUUAUCCCAGAGAUUGGAAUGAAGAUGAAUUCAGAAUAACAUCCGAUAAUGAAGGAUGCUGGCAUUCUUUAACCCGCUUCCUUCGCCUGCCGAACGACUCAAAGGAAUGCCUACAAAGCCUUUCUACUAAUUUUCUUCAUGUCGAACACACUCUCACCACGCAAAUCAAGCUUUUAAAUCCCGAUGGUCACCACUCGGCCGUCCUCCUAGACCUGCCCAUUUCAAUUCACUGUGCCUUGCCGCCUCUUCCAGAAGAUCCCUUUAUUUCCUCCGUACUCCAAGCUAUCAGAAUGAUAGAUGAAUCUUGUGAUCAGCCCCUUCCGAACUACAAUAGUCACAAGUUGGACCGAACGCCCGAUGAAAUCGCAUCUGAAGUACUUGGUGAUGACAUUGAAGUUCUCCCAGAACCCCCAAGUUAUUUCCAAUUGGGAAGCCCUUCAAAACCGCCAAGCUAUGAAACUGCUCUUCUGUCGACUUUCUCUAGCCCUGUCCUGUUCAAUGAAAGCUACGUCUGA